AUGCUGCUGUGAUUUAACUCUGUUUUAAGUUUAUUGAUCCUCUGUUUUGCUUUUAAAAUGGCUCCAAAAAAAGCAGCUGCAGAGCCGACAGCCACAAUUACAAAGAGCUCUGAGAAUGAGACCACUGAAACUAAACCAGCAGCUCCUGAAGACUCCAACGCAAAAUCUGCAGCACGCAAGGUUUCUCCACACCCGUCCACCAUGGAGAUGGUGAAAGAAGCUUUAAAAGAGCUGGACUCCAGAAAAGGUGUUUCCGCUCAGGCUAUUCGUGGCUACAUUAAAGAAAAGUACACCACUGUAGACGAGACUAGACUGAAGUAUAUGGUGCGGCGAGCCCUGAACAAAGGCAUGGACACUGGUGUGUUUGUGCGACCUGCUAAUUCUGGGUCAACGACGGGUGCUCAGGGACGCUUUCGGAUUGCUGCCAAGACCAAAGCAAAAGAAGCGAAGGCUCAGUCAAAGGAAAAUGCUGAUCCCAAUGAACCAAAAGCUACAAAACCUAAGAAGGCAAAAGCAACCAAAGCCAAGGGUGAAGGAGCAACCAAAGAGAAGCCCACAAAGAAAAAGGAGACCACAGAUGAUGCUAAGCCAAAGACGUCGGAGCAAAAUGGCACUGCCUCAAAGGUGGCCCCUGCUAAGAAGCCAAAGGCGAAGAAUGCUGCAGGGGAAGGUGGAGCCAAGCCCAAACCCAGCAAAGCUAAAGCAUCAAAAGAGGGAGCAGAGGAACCAGCGGCUAAGAAAGGAGGAAAGAAAAAUGCUGUGAAGGCAGAAGACGGUGAAUCUGGAGCUGCAGCCACUGAGAAAGCCCCAGGGAAGCGAGCAAAAAAGUGAUUCACAGACUUGUACUGUUUUUAUUCAUUAUUUAAGUGUUGACCAUUUAUUUUUGGUACAGAAGUGCACUAAUAAAAGCUUUUUUUUACUACUUUUUUGAAAACCUUUGACUUUGGUGGCUGUUGCAUUACUGUGGUAAAAUGGUGUUUGAAUCCUUAGACUUGCUGUAGUGUUGUUAAUGUAUGCAAAUUAGGAACGUUAUCUCCAGUAGUUAAUCCUAAAUGUCUAACGUGAGUAGUCUAUGGUGCACUUUAGAGGCAUCUUAUUGACUGUUCUUCAAUGAUUGCUCCUGACAGAUAUGUGGAGAGAAUUUCAUGCUUGACAACUAGUGUUUAGUUGAAAAAAAAAAAAAGUUUUCUCUUCUUGGCAGCAGAAGUUGUCAUUAACGGGUAAACUUGGAAUGCCUUGGAGAGAUUCAGAAACAUUUACAUGCUUCCUGAAGAGAGAGGUGAUAAGUUCUGAAACAAAAACUGAGUUUAUUAAGUACACUUUUUUUUUUUUUUUU